AUGGCCGUCCAGUCCCCGCCUUCCGUCGUGUCCUAUCGCGCCGAGUUGUCGAUCGACACUCUUGCCACUUCAGAGUCGUCGUCGUCGUCGAAUGGCGCGGUCAACGGAGCCGUGGAGACGAAGAGUAGCGAGAAUGACCAGCCAGAGCUGACCAUUCAAACCUCGCCCACCUCUCGCAAUAGAUCGGAUGACGAUGAACCGCCCCAGUCGGUGAUUCAUGCCCCGCCGGGAUUUGGCGACUUCACCAAGAUGCAGGACGAGCCGACGGGUGCGGCCGACGAGGAGGAAGAACAGUCACCAAGCUCAGGACUCACCGGCUCGACGACGGUCUCGGAUACGCCCAGGCGGUAUGGCUACAGUCCAGUGUCGCCGCCGCCGCUCACGACGACGAUCACUGCCGCCCAAGAUUGGUCAGACCGCGCGACGCCUCGGGCCCAAACAAGACAUGAGUUUGAAGAAGCCGGGCGACGUACGCGCUCAAGCAGCCUGGAAGGCAAUUUUACUGGGAAAGAAGCCGAAAUCAACGCGUUAAGGACGGCCCUCGCCGAAUGCUGGACACUCUGCAAUACGUUGGCUAGUUUAAGUUAUAUCAACCGAGAAAGGCUGCUCAAGUCCCAUGAGGACGACAUACAAGAGGAUGCGUGGCGGUCAUGUUGGCGGUUGUGCCAGAAACUAUACGACACGCGUGAUGAUGAUUAUGCAUCGCAGGUGAAUCCCACCCUGGAUCUGUGCCGAGACUUUUGUCAGGCGUUAUUUGAAGUUCGUGUCCGCGAUAGUGACCUGGCGGACUCGGUCUUGCGCGUGAGCUUUGAGCUCAAUAAUCACCUUUUUAAUACGCACGACCGCAAUCUGCCCGACGCGUUUCGAGAAAGAACGUUGGAUUUUUACAUUACCUUGUGCCAUCGUCUCAUGAAACAACGAACCCGGCUGACCGAAACCGACUCUCUCCUCAGCGCGUGUUGGUCCCUGGCAGAGAUGUUGUUUAGCAUCCGCCAGAGCAAACGAGAGGGCAGACCGCUGGAUGAAGACCUGCUCGGGUCGGCGGUGCAAGCAUGCUGGGAGCUCUGCGACAUCUUCCGCGAGGGCUGGACGCUCCACAGCCUGCGCAAUUCUGAUCGGGGCACCCCGCGCCCCAGCCAGACGACGUUCACUCAGGCAUUCCAUCAAGCGACUCAGUCAGAGAUGGAUUUUGUAAAUGACCCCUUGGGCCAAGCGGGCAAUCCCGAGACUCCCACGACCAUAUUCGAAGAUAUGGCAACGAUCUCCCCGGAUGAGGCCCCCGUUCCAAAUAUCUUUGUGCUGGGGCACGGGAGCGGACACAGCGCGCAUGCCAAAUGGUCCUCCAAUGCGUCGAGCAUCUCAGAGAAGUCACGAUCGUCUGGGCAGACAGCAUCGUCCUCAAACACAGUGACCACUGUGUCCGAGGACCCCAACUUCAUACGGCUCAAAAUCCUGAUCACCAAAGCCGCCAUCAACAGUGGCUAUCAACGGGGCGGCGCACAGAACCUCUCGUCUUUUGUCAAGUCUCUUUCGUCCGAUGCGUUCGGGGCGGCGCCCUGGCAAACCGCAUUGCUGAAGAACUAUCGCAAGCUGGUGACGUUUGAUCCCGCAUUCCGCACGGCCGGCCAACAAGCCCGGGUCAGCGCGGUCGACGUCGCACAUGCAUGUCAAGCGAUGGUGCACGGCGGGCAGUACUCCUGGCUGCGCGACCUGUAUCGGCUGGUCUUCGGCUUCCACAUGGAAGAAGCGAUGGGGCGCAAAGGGGUCAUGAUCCAAACUUAA